AUGACAGCGGCUGAUCUGCUUUCACACCCAGGAGUGAGCACAGAGCAUCAAAAGGUCCUCAUGGAUGAAGCCAGUCGCAGCAGCAGCAGUAGUGAAGAUUUAGAAACGAGUCGUGCUGGAACUUCGAAAGACGCGGCGCCAUCCCGCAGUGGUAAAAGGUCACACAAACGAACGAAAGCUACCCGAGUGGAGUUGAAAGAGAAUUCCAAGGCCACUGGUCACCAGUGCGAAGUCUGCGAAAAGGUUCUAGGCAGCAAGAGGUCCAUGCGUAGGCACCUUCGCACGCACGGCGAUCAGAAACGGUACUCGUGCGCUGUGUGCGGCAACAAGUUUCAUCGGAGGGAAAAUUUGGAGCGCCACGAGCGCAUGCACACAGGAGAGAAGCCCUUUACAUGUGACGUAUGCGGCAGGAGUUUCACACGCAACAACCUCCUUAUAAACCACAUGCGGCGACACACGGGCGAGAGGCCGUACACUUGCAGUUUGUGCCCAGCAGCGUACGUCAGCAAGUACGGACUGACGGUGCACACGGCCAGUCACAAGCGCCAGGUGCCGUUCGAGUGCCUCCUGUGCGGCAUGAAAUUCGCCGCCAAAGGGAAGUUUCGGGGACACGUGCGCAACCACUCGCUCGAGAGGCCGUACGCGUGCCACCUUUGUCCCGCCAAUUUCAUCCAGAAGUACCACCUGCGAAGUCACCUGAUCACGCACUCCAAUGAAAAGCCGCACCAGUGCAACGUGUGCAAGAAAGCGUUCGGACGGCGUCCUGCACUCAUGAAGCACAUGCGCGUCAUUCACGGUCAAAGUGGUGCGUCUUGA